UGCCCACAUCACCAAUGCCAACAUCGAAUCAAAGUCAACGAUGUUUACGAAUUGAUAAGGCGCCGGUUCUGCGAAAUAUCAAUCAUUAUAUUGGCAACCGCUCGAAAGAUCGCAAUUGAAUUCACAUUCCUUGAGGCCUGCAGUACACAAUGUCGGAACAAAAGAAAAUAGAGUUCUUGAAAACAGUUCUGACGAGUAAAAUACUACAAGAGUUGAACCGGACCGACGACGAAAUAGUGAAUGUGCAAUUGAGUACUCCGGAGCAUCUUGAUGGAUUUAUGUCAACUAUUCAUCGCUUACUAUUAGUAGUAAGAAAAGAUAAGCAAAGUGACGAGCAAACGUUCAAUUUUAUGGUGAAGGUGAUGAAAGGAGAUGACCAGUUCCGCGAGAAUUGCAAUGCAAAAGUUCAGUUUUCGAAUGAAAUUUACAUCUAUACUGAAGUACUAUCGCACUUCAAACAACUGCUAUCAAAUAGUGGAAGUGAUAUCAGUGGCAAUGAGUGGUGUCCUCGAGUACUAUUUGGCAAGGCGGGAAAGUUUCCUGGAUACAGUAAUCAGUACGAAACGAUACUUGUUAUGGAGAACAUCUCCUUUGAUGGAUUCAAAUCAGGACCACGAAAUGAUCUGGAUGAAGAUCAUCUGAUACUAAUGGCCAAAAAAAUUGCUCAAUUCCACGCUUGUACCUACGCAAUGAGAUUAACAAAUGAUAAACAUUUGGAUCAACUAAUACAGGGAAUAACACCAUUGAAUUAUGUAGAUGGUGAUAAAAUAUUCCAUAGCUAUGCCGUAUUAUUUAGAUUAGGCUUGGACCGAAUUUUUCAAUAUUUAGAGAAACAUCCAAAUUUGUUGGAUAGCAAACAAUUUAAACUUGAUAUGACCAACCUAAAAAACAAAUAUGCCAAAGAACCUAUCCAUCUUAUGCAGAAGUUUUUGAAACGUGAUGAAUACUCUGUGAUAUUACACGGUGACUACAAUCGGAACAAUGUUUUGUUCAAAUACGAAAACGGUAAACCAACCGACCUAAGAAUGAUCGAUUUCCAAGAGAAUCGCUACGGCACACCAUCGAUCGAUUUAACUUUUUUCAUGUGCAUGAGUAUGCCAACUGGUCUUAGGGAACGCCUUUGGAAUCCUUUACUGAAACAGUACCACGACAGCCUAAUCAUGACCUUAACAGGUAUUCUAAAGUGCAAACCGGACGAUCAACGGCUAGAGCCGUAUACUUUUGAAAAUUUUCAGAAGCAUUUGAGUAAAUUCGGUCUCUACGGAGGUAUCGUGGCGGCACACUUCCUACCUUGGAUGAUAUGCCCGGAAGAAGAAUGUGCGCAGCUUUCUUUCCACUUCGCGAAAGAUUUGAACUCACCGGAAAUGAAGCACUGGACGAUGGUCUGCGGUGGAGAGGCAGUGGACAAACGGCUGGUAGAAAUUUUUCGACAUCUCAGUCAACAAGGGUAUUUUUCGAUUCUCGAUGAUUGAAAGGGAGCAUUAUAAAGGAUUAAAUAAAUUUUAGAUAGCAGAAUUAGAAAAAUAUUAUGGAAAAAUGUAGUCUUGGUUUAGAUAAUCUCAAAUAGUGAUUUUAUGUAUUCAAAUAGACUAGACAAACAGGUUUACUAUUGUGUAAUGAAUUUAAGUAUAUGGAUAUUUGAGUUCGGUUUUAAUCCAAAUUUAUAUUGAUCUAAAUAUGGAUAGAGUACUUAUUGAAAAGAAACCUAGAAAUAAUAUUUUGCAUCAAUAAACUUCCUUGGACGGAGGUAUAGAAACAAAAACAAUAUGAAUAAAUAAUAUAAAUUGAUUGUAAUUUUGCCGCUGUCAAGAAAUGAGACAAAAAUUUUGUAAUUUUGAAA